CUUCUCUCCUCCAUUCACAACUUCCAUCACUUCUCUCCUCCAUUUAAAACUUCUAUCACUUGACUGAGCUGUCCGUCCAGACUCUUGAAGAAACUGAAGAAGCAGUAUCCAUGACCAACACAAUGACAUCAACGGUCCUCAUCAGCUUCCUGGCCUGUCUGAUCCUGGUCAAUGUUGAAGGUAACAUCUCUGAAAUGUCUUGAAUUAUUAUCUUUAUUAGAAAUCUGCAGCAUAUGAAGCGACUUGCAUUGCCAGGGAGGAGUGUGGUCAAAUAUUAGGUUUGAUUUCUGAAUGAAGAGUUCAGUACUUAGCUGCAAUAAUGCCAUAACCAAACAUGCCAUAACAUUUUCUUGUCAUCCCCAGGCCAGGUGGGUCAUUCUAAAUCUCGGUGCCAGUGUCUGAAUGGAAUGGUGAACCGUGUAAAACCUCUUCUCAUUGAGAAGCUUGAAGUGUACGCCCCAAGCCACUCCUGCCAGCACAUGGAGAUCAUGUAAGAAAUCUGUUUGUCUGUCUGUCUGUCUGUCCGCCUGCAUAUUGUGCCUAGCUUACUAGAUGGACAUAAUGGUAAAUGUUGCUAUUUCUUUUUAACCAAUUGAGAUUAUUUACACCUGCUAGUAAGAUAAUAUUAUUUCUCUAUAUGCUCAGUUGGAAAGUUGUGAUGGCUAACUUCUAACAAUACUCUCUCUCUACUUGUGUGUUCAGUGUCACUCUGAAAAACGUAGAAGGGAAAAAGUGUCUGAAUCCAGAGGCUCCAAUUGUCAAGAAUAACAUUGAGAAAUGGAUGAAAAACCAAAGGUGAGGACUACAUAUGCAAACUUCAUUACAAAUUAAAUACACGGUAACUCAGUACAUCAGUAUUAUAUCAGUACAUCAGUACAUCAGUACAUCAAUAAAUCAGUAUUAUAUCAGUAUAGCAAUACAUCAGUAUUAUAUCAGUAUAUCAGUACAUCGGUACAUCAGUAUUAUAUCAGUAUAGCAAUACAUCAGUAUUAUAUCAGUAUAUCAGUACAUCAGUAUUAUAUUAGUACAUCAGUACAUAAGUAUAUCAGUACAUCAGUACAUCAGAAUAUCAGUACAUCAGUAUUAUAUCAGUAUUAUAUCAGUAUAUAAGUACAUCAGUACAUCGGUACAUCAGUACAUCAGUAUUAUAUAAGUACAUCAGUAUUAUAUCAGUACAUCCGUAUAUCAGUACCUAAGUACAUCAGUACAUCAGUACAUCAGUAUAUCAGUACAUCAGUAUAUCAGUAUAUCUUGAAUCUGUAUUUAUUAGUAAUUGUAUUAAUAAUACAUGUAUUGAUGAUAUAAGUAUAAUGGUUGUUUUUUCCUUUCAGGAGUGUGCAGUAAAUCUGUGAACUAAUGACACCAGUUCCAUUGAGAACUUGAUGGAACAGAGAGCACCAUGAGAGGGUGCUAUUCCUGAGGAAUGACCACAGUUGAGUCAAUGCACUGAAGACUGCCUGAAUAUAUGUUUACACUGUUUAAUGGUAAUUAGAGAGUCGUUUUUUUUUAUUUACAAAAUUAGUAUAUGUUACACAAUAUGACUUACUAGUUGAGAGACAUUUCUAGAAUUUCCAAUGGAAACUUAAAUAGGCUGGCAUUUUGUUUUUU